UCAACAUGGACAACACCUGUAUUCUGUUGGUAUUGUCAACCCUUUUGGUCUCAACGCACUGUAGACCAGAAGGGGGCUACCAGUACCCCCCACAACAACAACACCAUGGCUUUCCAACCCCCCAGACACAGCAAAGCGUUAGCAACUAUCUCCCACCGAACCCGACUUUUCCCCACUCACCCCUUGACCUGCAAAAUCAUCUUCAGUUGCCAUUUCAACACCAACCAUCGGGAGCCUUUAAUCCUCAGCAACCCUUCAACCAAAUUCAACUACUUAACCCUCUAAUUGGUAAUCCACAAAUAGGCUUCAAUCCAGCACAGAACCAUCUGUUAGCCCCCCAGAACGGUUUCAAUAUACCCCAGGGACAUCCUGUGGUAACCAAACACGUAUACGUCCACAUAGCCCCAGAGGAACCCCAAUCGGCAACCCCCCAAACUCCAGCCUCUUUACCACUACCGCCCCAAAAACAUUACAAAAUCAUAUUCAUUAAGGCCCCAGCUCAGCAGGGUGCCCAAAGGCAGAUUGUUCAUCCUCCAGUGGCUCAGCAAACUGUAGAAGAAAAGACCCUGAUCUACGUGUUGGUGAACAAGGCGAAACAGCCGGAGAUCGUGGUGCCUCCUCCUGCACCCACGCAACCCAGCAAGCCGGAGGUGUAUUUUAUUAAGUAUAAGGCGAACAAUGGACCUCUCGUGGAGGAUUUGAAGAAGGGUGGGCAGCCGGAGAAUAGUGGUGAGAGUACUAGUUCGUUGUUCUCUGGUGGAGCGGAGGGGCCCAGACAAGGGGGAGUGAGUAGCCACUAUGGACCUCCCGGAUAUGCUAAGAGGAGUGCGUGAAUUGAAGUGAGAUAGUUAUUAGAUUGUAUUUUUGUUAUUGUUAUAAUGUAUUUAUUUUAUAAAUAAAUCAAGUUAGCUUA